UGUAGUAGUGACUCAGACACGGUAAUUCAGUGUGUGUCUUUUUUAGAGAUUUGGAGUAUUGCAUAGAUUAGAGAUGUCUCAGAGCAUUUAUUACGAGGUGAUCGACCCCGAGGGGCUGAACAGUGAAGAUAGAGUGGAGAUGGUGGUGGAUAUCUAUGAGAGCGCAGAUGCUCACAACCCCAACACAGAGACGGAGAAAAGUAACACAAAGAGGACCCUACAAAGACAACAAACAGGAAGCAGAUGCUACAGACUGACACUGACUGCAGUGUGUCUUGGGCUGCUCAGUGUUCUCCUACUGAUUGCCACCAUUGCACUGUGUAUAAAGUUCUCUAAAUUAAUGACAGUAAAAGAGCAGUUCCAGACAGAGAGAGAUGCAUUACAGAAGAAGCUCUUUCAACUCGAGAAAGACAUUAACAAACCAGAAUGGAGAUACUUCAACUACAGUGUUUACUACAUCUCUACUGAGACUAAAACCUGGAGUGAGAGCAGAGAGGACUGCAGAGAGAGAGGAGCAGACCUGCUGAUCAUCAACAGCAGAGAGGAACAGGACUUCAUUGAGAAGUUUAGAAGAGGUCAGCGGUCUUGGAUUGGUCUGACAGACAAUGAGACAGAGGGUGUCUGGAAAUGGGUGGACGGCUCAGCACUGACCACUGAGUUCUGGAGAUCUGGAGAACCCAACGGUAAUAGAAAUGAAGACUGUGUUAUAACUGGCUAUGCGUCUGAUCCUGUUUACAGCUGGGCUGAUUUUUCCUGUAAUAACAAGUUUGUUUGGACCUGUGAGAAGAGAAUUUUCUGAGUAUUGUGUGUGUGUGUGUGUGUGUGGCUGCGUGAUGCAGAUUUUGACGCAGACAUCAACUUCCCAGCUUCAAUUUGUCAUUCUAAUGUUCUCAUACAGUCUUAUGAGACUUUCUACCACAAGUUAACUUCAGUUACAUUUAUAAUAAUUAAUGUUUGUAUUUUUGUUUUCAUUUUAGUUUAAUUGUAAGAACAGAUGAUAUUUAACUAAACAUACUUUUAAUCUGGA